AUGGAACCAUCUCAGGUCUCUGAUGAGUCGAGGGUUCUCGUCAUCUACACAGGCGGCACCAUUGGCAUGCUCGUCGGCCAGCAUGGCUACGUUCCAGAGCCCUAUUUUCUGACAGAGACACUUCGCAGUCAAACCCGCUUCCAUGAUCCGUUGCAGGAUUCGUUAUUUUCCAACGCGGGUUCUGUACAAGGCUUUAGACAAUGGAGCAGCGGCAGUGGCAGGAGCAGUCCGCUUACCAGCAAUACACCGGACGCGCUGCCUACGCCGCCCACCCACCAGCCGACAUUGUUAGUGCGAUCAGCUCGUUUCAUUGGUGAUCCAUCGGCGCUGGCACCAAAUCAGUCGGGAAUGAAAGAUAGGCCUACUUGCGUUCAGGUCGCAGAUAACGUAUUUGAAGCAUACCUACCGAGCCUCGUAACUCCUAGGACGACGAUCGCGGGAAAGACCAAGCGAAUUCGAUACGCGAUUUUAGAGUGGAAUCCCUUGUUAGACAGCAGCAACAUAGAAAUUGAAGAUUGGAUACGCAUCUCAACUGAAAUAGAACUCAACUACCACUACGAUGCAUUCGUAAUCUUGCAUGGCACAGACACUAUGUGCUAUACUUCGAGCGCCCUUAGCUUUUUGUUAGAAGACCUCGGCAAGACAGUGAUCAUAACUGGGGCGCAGAUUCCUCUCUCGCAACUUCGGAACGAUGCCGUUGAUAAUCUGAUGGGAGCUCUGACCAUUGCGGGUCGCUACAUUAUCCCUGAAUGUUGCCUUUACUUUAACCAUACACUUUUCCGUGGAAACAGGGUGUCGAAGACGUCCUCCUUUGACCUAAGUGCCUUCAGCAGCCCAAAUUUCCCCUCUCUGGUGGACGUUGGGAUUGAUAUCGUGGUGAAUUGGAAUAAUGUCCUUCGGCAAGCAAGUCUGCAGAAGUUUCGAGCCCAUAAAGCGAUGAGCCCGAACGUCGCGACACUCCGUCUUUUCCCUGGCAUCACGGCCGCUACUGUCAGAGCCUUUUUGAUGCCGCCCGUUCGAGGUGUUGUAUUGGAGACCUUCGGUGGGGGAAAUGCACCGCAGCGGUCGGAUCUGAUGUUGGCCCUCAAGGAAGCCUGUGACAGAGGCGUCAUCAUUGUCGCCAUCUCGCAGUGUUCUAAAGGAUCCAUCUCGGACGCGUACGAAACUGGAAGAACCCUGAUGCAGGUCGGCGUUGUAUCAGGCGGUGACAUGACUCCAGAGUGCGCUCUGACAAAACUGGGGUAUUUGUUGUCAAAAGAUGAGUUGUCGCCAGGCGAAGUGCGGAAUCUGAUCGCGACCCCUCUGCGUGGAGAAUUGAGCCGACCACUGGGAUCCACAGGCGAAUUCUCCGACGAAUCGUUGGCCAAACUACAGGGGGUCGUAUCUAGAUUCAUUCAACUAUCUCAACCCAAGCCAAUUUUGCCGCAUAUUACUAUCACAUCUGAUAGCGCUGGAGCCACCGCCCGAAAUGCUGCAGCUGCCUGGUCCGAGACCGCCGCUGAGAUUUCAUCCACCGAGGCUGCACUCCUUCCGUUUUUGACGCAUCUCGCUGUGGCUAGAGAUGACCUGGACAGUCUCCAAUUCUGCAUCGAUGCCGACGACUACGGAAACGUCCAGUCCGCCAAAGGCAACAAUAUGGGUACCUCAGUCCCGGGCGGAGUGAUCAAUUGUCUUGAUCCUGCUUCUGAUCGCACGCCGCUUCAUGUUGCUGCUCUCAACGGCGCCGCCCGUUGUGCGCACAAGCUACUAGGCUCCGGGGCGCUGGUGCACUGCAGAGAUAACCUAGGGCACACUCCUCUCUACUACGCCGCGCGGCAGGGGCACAUGGAGGUCGUACAAACACUCCUUCAAGCCGGUGCUCGAUUGGGUGGUAUCGAUAUCGAAGGAGGUUACGCUGCACUAGCUGUACGGGCAGCUAAGAAUAUAGGCGACAAGCAUUGCCUUGAUAUCUGGAAGCAGACUGGCUUGCAAGGAUGA